GCGAAACGUUGUUCGCCAAACUCGCGGAAUUCGGAUCGGUUUCUCGGAUCGAAAGAAAUAAAAGCAGCAAGCUGAAACCGUAUACUUAAUACGCGUGUGUGUCGCUCAAAAAACAAGAAAAAAUAUAAAUAAACAAAACUACAUGCUACGUCAGAAGACUACAAACAAAAGAUAUGAACGCAGCGCUGACGUCGCCGCCAAGUGAUUUGCGUGCACUUCAAGGGGAGGAGAACUGCAUUCGAGGCCCUCGCUCUCUUUCCGAUCAGCAGUGCCUUGAGUUUGCCGCUCUCGAAGUGAACGUUCCGAUGUGGAAACCUUAGACACAUGUCGAAUUACACAAGCCAAUCCCAGCCAGACUAAAUCGGCUUUAAGUCAUAAGGCGUAAGAACUCGUAAAUUUAAUGCAAUCCCGCAGAGGAAACGGAAGGAGGACGUAGUUGUAUUUUCGGAUCGAUAUAAUGAGCUCGCGUCGAUCUGGUUUCGUCCUGGACGCCAAGUCCAUGGGCUUGGAUCCCUCGAGACCGCCUUCACCAUCACCACCGACGCAAUUGCCGGCUUUCAAGCAAAAUUGUGUGGAGACGCAGCAGUCGGAUAUGAAUACCAAGCAGCUGGAGAGGGAGGAAUCAUCCAUUGAGGCAUCUGGACAUGCCCAGUGCAAUUCCAGCAUGGAGUCGAUGUCCACCGAUUACUACCGCUGCCUCAUCAAAAAACUACGAGACGACACUGGCGAUGCUGCCGAUGUGAAUUUCGAGCUGAACAACAUAUUUCUCAAGCGGCUGGACGAGAUUGACUGCCUGGACGGGCAAUCCGGGGAUGCAAUGUAUACCUCCCAACUGCGUUUGGUGACAUACCAGGAGUGGGUGGACUUCCUGCUGAACGUAAACAGCGUCAUCCUUGGCAACAUGUCCGACUUGGAGGAGGAGGCCUACGGCAAGAUCAUGAACUGCUUUCAGUCGGUCCAAGGAGAGCAGCAACAGGCGAUCGAGGAGAAUCGCAAGCUGCGGAAGGACAUGUGUUCGAUUAUUAAGUUUGUGCAGAAUGCCUACCACCGCGGUCAUUGGGACAAGGAGGGCAUAUCCCUGGAGACCCUGAGCGUCAACCAGAUGCUCGGCUUGGGAACCAAUCAGACUUUACCGGAAAGUGAAAGCGAGAAGAUGGGCGAGUGCAUGAAGUCCCUGGUCAACGAAAUGGCUGCCAAACAUGACGAGGUAUUGCAUUUAAAGUCCCAAAUUUGUGCCUUGGAUGAAGCAGUCGUCACCGCCACGCAAAAGUUGCUUCUCAAAGACCAGGCAAUAGCUCAGCUUCAUCAGCAGCUGAAGGAGAUGAACGAAAGCAUUUCCAACAUGUCGGAGGAUACUCCAUGCGAAGGUCCUUCGGCGAAUGCCAUUAAAGAUGUGAAACAAGAUCAGAUGAUUAAGGAGUGCGUCAGCAAUACGAUAACCGUAGAUACUAUAACAAACGAUCUGCUGGAAAACCUCUCAAUGCAGGACUCCCAGGAAAGCGAAAUGCUGCGGAUACUGAACGAGGAACUGAACGAUUUCUUCGAGCUGCACAGCAAACAGGAAUACCCGGCCAUGGAACGUAGUCGGAAACGUCUUUCCUGCUUUUUCGAAAAAAUAAAAUCCGAGCGUGAUGAUGCCGUUGAAAAACUGGAAAGCAUUCGUAGUUAUCUGAGGAUCCUACAGACAGACCAGGACCUACUCAGCUUAAGCACUAUAAGUUUUGAGACAGGCUGCGGUGAUCCUGACUACCAGGUUUUAGAAGCCCUACGAAGACGUCUCAAUACCCUUUGCCAAAAUAACCGGGAAUUGCACGGAAAAUGCCAGCGGCUGGAUACCGAGUCAAAAAUCAAAAUUUCAGAGCUUGAAGCUAAGAUUGAAUUGGAGUGCGGCUAUAAUCAGAAGAGUGCCGAAAUUCUGAAGGAGAUUGCCGACCUAAUUUGUAAGAUGCGUUCCACGGAAUUCUCAUAUGAUGAAAUCUACGAUGAAUCCUUGACGGAAAACCCCUUUUGUAUGGCCCUCACGGAAAUCCUGGAGGCGAGAUCUGUGCAGGUGGAGAGUCAAAUGGUGUGUAAUGAAAAACUUGCCUGCCAAAUCGAAAGACUGCAGGGAAAUUUAAAGGAUCGAGAUGACCAGAUUAAUCAGCUGCAGUCCAUGAUAAGGACAUACUCCGAUUUUAGCGAAAACAAUAGACUCAAAGGAGAGAUACACGAACUUAAAAAGAGGAAUUGUGAUCUAUCCCGAAAGGUGCGAGAAAUGACUGGCAUGGUGAACACCCAAGAAGAGCAGCGCGUGACACUGUGCACCAAGUACGAGGGCCUGUUGGAAAGCUUCGAGGGGCAGUGUGAGGAACUAAAUGGAGCCAAAAAGAAAGUGCAGAGCCUGCAAUCGCGACUGGAGCAGUUGGAGCAACUCCAGGAUGAGCUGAGAACGGAGCGUAAAAUGCUGCGGGAAGAGGUGAUCUGUCUCAAGGAUAAGGAGGCCGUUUCAGCAGGUCGCGAGCGGGCACUUAAUGAUCAACUGAAGAACAGCCAACAGGAUGUGGGCAGGAAUCGCCUUCUGGUUCGGGACAUGCAGGGUCAAUUGCAGCAGUCGGACGCCGAGCACCGCGAAAAGGUUAAGAAACUGGAGGCGACCAUUGAAAAUUAUCGGGAUCAGAUGAAAUGUCUUGUCAUCAAGGUCCAGGAUAUGCAGACACGGCUAAAUCAGCAGGCAGAGGUUAACGAGCAGCAGAAGCAGAUCAUCGAAUCCUUUCGAAAGUGGAAGGAAGCGCAGCUUAGAGCCGACGAGGCGACGCGGCAGUGUGCUAAACAGGCUGAGGACCACAUUCAAAUGCUGCAGGAGGAGAAUCAAACCCUGGUCGAGGACUACCGUACCCUCUUCCGGGAUCAUUCACUCCUAGAAACGGAGAUGCGCCGAGUCAAACAGGCGGUCAACUACGUAUCGAGUUCAUCGAUGGGAUAUCCACCUCAGACGACUGCUGGCCGUAUGAUUUCCGAGGCGGGAAACGAUAUGGCAAGACGCCUGCAGGACCUGACCAGCACUUCCCAGCGUAUUUCCAACCAGAACAGGACACUUAACGAUCAGUUCUGCGGCCCGACAACAUUGCAAAGACCAACAAGAAUAGGCAACCCAGUUGCCAAUUCCACCAUGAGACCCACCCGAAACCCGGAAGAUCUGGCGGAAGAGUAACCAACAAUCCUAUAGAAUCCUAGGAAUGUCAAGCCCCCUCCCUCCGUCCAUUUCAAUUCUGUUCACAACCCAAAUUCCUAGGCCAACAUUUUUGAGGCGCGUAAUUUGUAAAUUAUCUUUGUAAAUUGUGGUAGAAAAUAAAAAACCAAGUGCUUGUGUA